AUGUACGUUGAACUACCGUUUGAUGAGUUGAAAGUCCUGCCAGAAAAGAGACGAAUAGCCUACUUUUACGACCAAGAUGUAGGAAAUUACUUUUACGGAACAGGACAUUGUAUGAAGCCCCAUAGAAUCCGAAUGACCCACUCGCUUAUUAUGAAUUAUGAAUUAUAUAAAAACAUGGAGAUAUAUCGAGCAGAACCGGCAACUAAUCUUGAGCUCACUCAAUUCCAUACUGAUGAGUAUAUCGACUUUAUCGAUCGCGUUACUCCUGAUAAUUUACAUUUAUUUCCCCGAGAAGCCCAGAUUUUCAAUGUAGGAGAAGAUUGCCCGGUAUUUGAUGGGUUGAAUGAAUUUUGCAAAAUUUCGUGUGGUGGGUCAAUGGAAGGGGCAGCAAGGUUGAAUAACGGUAGUGCUGAUAUCGUUAUAAACUAUGCCGGUGGACUUCAUCAUGCUAAGAAAUCAGAGGCUAGUGGGUUUUGCUAUACGAAUGAUAUCGUUUUGGCCAUCAUAGAACUACUUCGAAAACAUCCGCGGGUAUUGUAUAUUGAUACCGAUGUGCAUCACGGAGAUGGAGUUGAGGAAGCAUUUUAUACCAAUGAUCGGGUAAUGACUUGCUCGUUUCAUAAAUUUGGUGAAUUCUUUCCAGGAACUGGUAAUUUGACCGAUAUCGGUAUUGGUAAAGGUAAAUACCAUGCCGUGAAUGUGCCAUUACGAGAUGGUAUAGAUGAUGCUUCAUACAAGUCUAUCUUUGAGCCUGUGAUAAAAACAAUUGUCGACUGGUACCAGCCAUCAGCCAUUGUCCUACAAUGCGGAGGUGAUUCUUUGAGUGGUGAUCGAUUAGGACCGUUCAACUUGUCAAUGAGGGGUCAUGCAAAUUGUGUAAAUUUUGUGAGAUCUCUUGGCUUACCAAUGAUGGUUCUCGGUGGUGGUGGUUACACUAUUCGUAAUGUUGCAAGAACUUGGGCGUUUGAGACCGGAGUGUGUAACGGAGUCAUUUUGCCCAAGGAACUACCCUACAAUGGGUACUACGAAUAUUACGCGCCAACGUACGAACUUGACGUGCGUUCGUCAAACAUGAACAAUGCUAACUCCAAGGAGUAUCUAGACAGGUUGCUAACGCAAAUUGUGUCCAACUUGGAUCACACAAAACACGCACCUUCAGUACAGCUUCAGGAUGUGCCUGCAGAUAAGGAGGACCUUGGUGAUGUAGAUGAGGAUAUGUCAGAUGCAAUAGAUACCAAAGGUGGCUCUCAAAAGCAUAGAGAUAAGGAAGUUGAAAAGGAGCUGGAGUUCUACAACGACGAGGAGAAGGACAAAGGUGAACGAAACGUUUUUGAGCAAGACAAAAUUUUUGAAGCAGAUGUUGGCAAAAUAAAUGAGUCAAAAGAUGUGGAACAUGGUGUCACUUUAUUUGAGCAUGAACAAGCGGAAAUUGAUCAGUUGAACAAAGAAGGUAUGGAUGUGGAUAGUGGUAACUGA